AUGGUCUUUACUACCCCUGCCUUCACUCGCUUUCUGAUAUCAUCGAACUGGAAACUCCCGACACUCCGACAAUUCAUCCAGUGGUCGCCGGCCGUUGCCCCUAUAUCUGGCAUCUCGACACCAGCCGCAGAGAAAAAUGUGCAGCCAGUGCGAUCCAAAUGGCCUCCUUUCUACUUCGACACUGGUUAUUCCAUAAUCCCGAAGCGACCGUCCCGACCGUUUCCGCCUCCUUUCUUAUCACCGCCGUCCACCUCGUUUUCUGAUGCCUUGACAACACACGAUCGUAGUCAUGACAAGCGGCCGUCGGUUAACGGAGAGCCUCUUCGUGGACUUACAAAUGGGGAUGAUGCAAUUCUCUGCUCUCCAAACUUCCUGGGUGUGAAUGACGGCGUCGGUGCUUGGGCGUCGAAGCCUCAGGGCCAUGCUGCCUUGUGGUCUAGAUUAAUACUCCAUUAUUGGGCCUUGGAAGUUGAAAAUCGUCUCACCGGAUCUCCCAAACCAGACUUGAUCGAGUGCCUUCAAAAAGCAUACGAAGAGACUGUUGAGGCGACCUCGUCACCAAACGAGAUUCUAGGAACCACCACCACUGCAACCGCACUCCUAAGUUACAAAAUCAUAGGAGAGACACCCACGCCAUUCCUGCACGUUACGAACCUGGGAGAUUGCCAGACACUGGUUAUCCGCCCGAGAGAAAGACGCAUUGUGUUCAAAACUGAGGGCCAGUGGCACUGGUUCGACUGUCCGAUGCAGCUGGGCACCAACAGUGUGGACAAGCCCAGGGAAAACGCGGCGUUGUCGGUACUAGAGGUUGAGGAAAAUGACAUCGUCCUGGUUGUAUCUGAUGGGGUAACGGAUAACCUGUGGGAACAUGAUGUACUAGAAGUUGUCCUCAAGAGUUUGGAAAAAUGGGAGGUAUGCAAACGGAAGCGAGAGACAGCCGAGUAUCUCGAAAGCCGAGGCGGGAGGAUGGUAUACGUUGCUGAGCAGCUCUUGACUACUGCCCGGGCGGUUGCCAUGGACCCGUCUGCGCAGACUCCUUACAUGGAGAAGGCGCAGGAUGAAGGGCUCUCCGUCAAUGGAGGCAAAAUGGAUGAUAUCAGUGUCGUUGCCGGUCGUGUCGUACGAUCUGGCUGA